UCACCAGUCUCCUUGGCAUAGCCCCAUAGUAAGACGCACGCCAGUGUGCUCGCGCGCCACCAUAGGCUGCUGGCUUCGCAUCAUAAAAACAAACAUACUCAACGCCAAGCAUAGACAAAGCUAAUAGAGCUCGCCAAACCACCAGCUUGUUCUCGGCGCCACGAUGGCAUCUACCUCUGUUGACGAUGCGGUCCCUGUGGCUGAUGGUGGAACUCUUCUACCUCCAUCUGGACCACUGGAGGUGGCAAUCAACGCACAGGCAGCCUUGAACAGCGCGACUGCUGAACCGUCGCACGUUCACCAUUUGAUCAGUCACGGAGCGGAUGUAAAUGCUCCUGAUAAUAAUGGCUGGACGCCACUUCACACGGCAGCAUAUCAUGGUCAGGAAGAAAUCGUGCGCAUUCUCCUGGCGGCCAAGGCCGACGUGAACGCGCGCAACAAGACUUCGGAGACGCCGCUGCACCUGGCUGCCAAAUGGCCGCAGGACCGUGUUGUGGAGGCGCUGCUGGGCGGCGGCGCCGACCUGGCCGCAGUCAACCGCCGCGGCCGCACGCCCGCCCACGUGGCGGCGCUGUUCAACCGCCACGCCAUCCUGGACCGCCUGCUGAAUGCGGGCGCCGACGUGAACGCGGUGGAUGGCGACGGCGCCACGCCGCUGCACCUGGCAGUGCGUCAGGGCGCCCCCGUGGAGCCGGAGCUGGUCAAGACGCUGCUGCGGCACGCGGCGGACCUGGAGGCGCGCGACAAGGCCGGAAACACGCCGCUGGCACACCUGCCCUGCGCGCAGGACUGGCUCCACUGGGCCGCCUACGAGGGCCGCGAGCCGCUGCUGCGCUGCCUGCUGGCCAAGCCGGGCGUGCGGCCGGACGUGUACAGCGAGGAGGGCCUCACGCCGCUGCACCUGGCGGCGCACGUUAACUCAGUGCCGCUGGUCACCGCGCUGCUGGCGGCGGGAGCCAAGGUGAAUGCACCAUCGCAGCCGCCCAGCAAAACAAGCGGCACUAGCGCCAAGGACAUGUACGGCAUAUCCCUGCCGGGGGGCUCCUCCGCGCCCGGCUCCAUCCAGAGCGGCAUCUCCAUCAGCAGCCAGCUGACCAAGGCCUACGGCGCCGCCAAGCUGCCGCCCGGCGAGCUGACGGCGCUUCACAUCGCUGCGGAGCGGGGCAGCGCGGAGCUGGUGCGGGUGCUGGUGGGGGCGGGCGCCAAGGUCAACGUGCAGGGCGAACGCGGCAUGCCCCCCCUGCACGUGGCUGUGUGGGAAGGCAACACCGCCGCCGUGGCCUCGCUGCUGGCGGCCAAGGCCAGCGUGGGGCUCAAGAGCAAGGCGGGCGGCUUCACAGCAGUGCACUGCGCCUGCCUGUCCAGCAGGGCCACUCCGGACCUGUUGGCGCUGCUGCUGGACAACGGCGGCGCGGCGGUGAUCGAAGAGCGGUGCCAGGAGGGCUGGACGGCGCUGCACCUGGCCUGCCAGUCCGCGCCGGCCGCCAUGGUGGAGCUGCUGCUGCAGCGCGGCGCGCGGCCCAGCGCCAAAGGCAAGGCGGGGCGCAGCGCGGCGGACUGCGCGGCCAAGCGGCCAGAGAUCCUGCAGGUGCUCCAUGUGGCCACUGGCGGCAAGGUGCCGCUGCCGCCCGCCGCCGCGUUAGGCCUGGGCCUGCCCUCCUCCGUCGCCGCAGCCGCAGCCGCGGCCAAUGGCCUGCUCACCGGCGCCAGCGCCGCCGCCGCCGCGGCGGCGGCGGCCGCAGGCCGCUCCGGCCGCGGCAGCGGCCGCGCCGGGGCAGCCGCCGGCAGCGGCGCCGGAGGCGCGGCCGCCUCCUCUUCCGCUGUCUCGGGCGGCGGCGGCGCCGGCAGUAGCAGCAGCAGCUCGAGCGGGUUGCUGCCCGGCACUGCGGCGGUGCUGGAGCCGCUGGAGAGUGUGGAGGCGACUCUGGCGGCGCUGCUGGCGGACAUGGGCGGCGCGCUGUGCAGCCUGCAGGCGGGCGCCAUGUUUGGCGGGCACGCGUGUUCCGUGGACCCGGUGGGUCACUGCAUCAAGCCGGCGGACAAGCGGCUGGUGGUGAGGUGCACGCUGGGCUGCGCCUUCAACUUCCACCUGCCCUGCUGGAAGUCCGCACGCGAGGUGCUGAAGGACCGCUGGCCCGGCUUCAGCGGCUCGCUGGCGCCCACCGGCCGCUACAGCUGCAUGGCGCCCACCUGCCCAGGCUACGUCCGCGAGCAGCUCAUCUGCGACGGCGCCCAAAUAAGCAACGCCUCGCCGUCCGGACCCUCCGCCGUACCUCCCAGCCGCCUGUACCUCAUGGCGGCUGACAUGUACGACAGCCUGCCCCCGACCGCCAAGCCCAUUGGCGGCGGCGUGCCGCCGCCGCCCGGCGGCGGCGGCGCCAAUGGGCUCAUGGGCGGUGGCAUGCUGGGCCCGGGCGGCAGCGGCCAGCAGCCCGCAAACCCGCCCAUGCAGCCGCAGCUGCCGGCGGCCGGCGCCGCCGCGGCCGCGGCCGGCGGGCUGGCGUCGGCCGCCGCCGCCGCGGCAGCAGCGCUGGGCGCGGCCGGCGGCGGCGCGGGCAGCCUGGGUCCCUCGCUGCAGCUGGCGCAGGCGAUGAUGCAGGCGGCGACGGCGAUGGCGGGCGGUGGCGGCGCCGGGGCCGGCGGCGCCAACGGCGCCGCCAGUCGCCUGGCGGCGGCGCUGGCUGCCAGCGGCGGCCUGUCUGCGCUGCUGUCUGGCAGCGGGCCGCCGGUGCCGCCGGCCAUGUCGGCGCGGGAGGCGGCCAUCAUCGCGGCGCAGACGCUGGGGGUCAGCCUGGACCGGGUCGGCGGCUGUGUGGUGGAGGAGCUCAGCACGGACGAUGAGGAGGAGGAAGAGGAGGAAGAGGAGGAGGAGCAGGAGGAGGGAGAGGGCAAGGAGGAGGAGGAGCGCGAGGCGGCAGGGAAGGGCGAGGAGGAGCCCAAGGAGCAGGGCGGGGACGUGGAGGAGGAGCACAAGCAGCACAAGACCGAGGCUGGGGCGGGGGCGGGGGCGGGGGCUGGAGCGCGCGCAGCGAACGGCACGGGCGCGAAGCAGCCUGGCGCCGGCGGUAGCAAGGCUACCGGCGGCAAGGGCGCAGCUGCCGCAGCUGCCGCUAGCAGCAGCAGCAAGGCAGGCACCAAGGGCCGCGGCGCCGCGGCGACCGCCGCCACCUCUCACUCGCACCCUCACCCGCACUCGCACUCGAACUUCCGGAACCAGCCGCUGCACGUCUCCAGCGACGCCGCCGCGGAGAUGCUGCAGCAGCUGCAGGGGCUGCAGAGCGCCGUCGCGGCGGUGCAGAGCGCUGUGGGCGCCAGUGUGCACGCCGCCGGCAGCGGCCGGGGCGGCAGGCACGGAGGCGGUGGCGCCGCCGCCGCCAGUGGCCUGCUGGCGCCGCUAGUCCCGUUGGAGCCGACGACGCUGGAGCCGCUGCCGCUGCUGCCGCAGGAGCUGCCGGCGGCGCCCGACGGCACUGCGGGCGUGGAGGGGGAGGGAGACGGCGGCGUCAGCGGCGCGCAGGCCGCGAUGCCACCGCCGCGGCGCCCCGCCGCCAACCCUAUCCCACCCAACCCGCGCCGCGCGCCGCCGCCGCCGCUGGCGAACGGCCUGCCGCCGGUGUCGCCGCAGCUUGCCACGCCGCCGCCAGCCACCUCGCUGGACACGCCGGGUGUGCAGCAGCAGCUGCCGGUGCCGCCGGCGCGGCGCAGCAGCAGCGGCGGCAACGCCGGCGCGCCCGCUGCCUCUGGGGGCCUAGUGGCGGCCAAUGCGACUGCGCCUGUGUCGGCGCCUUCGCCUGCAGGGCCGGCGGAUGCGGCGGCGCCUGUGGUAGCGCCCGGCGCAGACGCGUCGCUGGCUCCGAUCCUCUUUAGCCCCAUGCCCGCUACGUCCAACACCAGCACCAGCGCCAGCGGCAAGGACAGAGACAAGGAGAAGGAGAAGAAGCAGGAGGCAGCCUCCACCACUUCAAAGAAGCAGACAACCGCCAACGGUACCAGCGCAAGCGCGGCACCGGCGCUCGGCCCCAUGCACGGCCCGCCGCCGCCGCCCGGAUUGGUGGUCACGCGCAAUGCCUCCAAGGCGGCUGCGGCCGGCUCGGCCGCGGCCAGCAGCAGCUCCGCCAGCAGCAGCAGCACCAGCAGCGGCAUGCGGCUGACGCAGCAGCAGCAGCAGCAGCAGCACCAGCACCAGCUGCAGCAGCGGCACACGGCGCCGGCGCUUGCGCUCAGCGCCGGCGCCUUCGAGCCGGGCGGCUACGCGCGCGCCGUGUGCCCCAACCUGGUGCCAGGUGCCCACCGCGUCACGCACUCCACCAGCCAGCCGACCUCGCCCUCGCCCGCCUCCAGCCCCGCCGGGGGCGUCGACAUCGCCGCCGCUGCGGCGGCGGCUGCCGCCGCAGGCGGCAGCAACGGCAGCAGCGGUGGCGCAAGCAGUGGCGGCGGGGCCGUCCCCGCUCCCGCCAUCGCCACGCCCACCGCCACCAGCCCCAUUUCUUCCCCCGCCUCCGCGCCUGUGCUGCCAGGCGGCGUGAAGGCGGAGCGCGUGGCGGCGGCGCUGGCGGACCUUUCUUUGGGCCUGGACGCCGGCUCGGGCGGCACAGGCAGCAGCCCGCACCUGCUGCUGACGUCGGGUGACGUGCCGCUCCUGGCCUCCACACCCGGCAUGCUAGAGGCCUGGCUUAAGGCGCACGUGGCCGCACAUGGCGAGCUGGCAGCCUACCGCAUUCUUCCCACGGCCGGCGCCGUCGCCGUCACGCUGGCCGAUGGCGGCGCGGCCGCGGCGGCGGCGACGGCGCUGGCGGCGCGGCCGGCGAUGCUGGUGGCGCCGCUGACAGUGGCGCCGCUGCGCGAGUUCCCGGAUGACGAGGCGAUUGUGGAGGCGGGCCAGCAGGCCGCGCGCUCGCGCUGCCCGCCCGGCGACCGCUCCUGGCUUCGUGACAUGGCCGACCUGUACUUGCAGCUGGAGGGAUUGCCGCCGCCCGUCAGGAUGACGGGAGCAGCGGCAGCAGCAGCGGGAGCAGCAGCCAACGACGCAUAAAAAGAGGGAGGGAGUGAGAGGGCGGCAGCGGCGAGACGAGGUGGUGCAGCUAUGGUUGUGGCUGGAGCGGCGAGAGAGGGAGUUGUUGUGGGUUGAAGCAGGAAGAGGCGGGGCGGUGGUUGCGGUUGUGGCUGCAGAGGUCGAGUUGAGUUUGGCAGCCUUGUUGUUGGGGUGUGCCGUGCCUGCCGUAUUGAGGCGCUGGCUUGGUGCGCGGGGUGGAGGGAUUCCUGCGCGCGCUGGGGAGCUGAGCUGCAGCAGUUGGCGGUCCGCAGUGCUCUGGCAUGAGCGGCAUCAUAGGCAGGUGUGCCGGCACAGUGCCUGGGCGGCGCAAAGUGGUUGCCUGCCGGAAUGUGCUGUGCUUGCGAUGACGUGGCGCAGGUGUUGCGGGGUGCGGGACCGCAGGGACCCCGGUGGUCAGUGACCAGGAGGCCCGAAGGCGCGCGCUGGCGGGAAGGUCUUCGGAGGAAAGGAGGUGCACCUGGACGGCGUAGCGGGGUGUGCGCGACCAUUGGGCUAAGUGUGGCUGCCGUGUGUUGCCUACUGGGUGUUGUGUUUGGGUAGGGUCACGUCAGAGGCACGUACGCGCUGGCAGCCCUGCAACCUGCAAGGCCUCGCUUGGCAGCGCGUUGCGUGUUCUGUCUGGGAUGUUGGACCACUCAGGCUGUCGGGGUCUGAUCAUGUUUACCCAUCGGCAUCGCAGCGACCUCCACUACUGUCCAAUGUCCACUGUGUUGACGGAUGAGAAUCUGUGCGAUCAGCACUCAUAUACCUGAGCCUAACGACGGGGAGUAAUGGACCCCACCGGGUCAGCGCUUUUCCCUCACGUCGCUUACGCUAAUAUUAACACACUGCACCCGUGAGAUGGAACAGGAUUAGGAUGGCGACUGGCGAUUAUGGCGGAGUUCCGUGAUAGUGUGGAAACCCGGUCU